GUAAAUACAAAGUAGUCUUGAUGGGACAGCGGCGUGCGCCGCACCGUGAGUCGCUGGUCCGCGCGCGUCAAACCUAUAUCGUUUCGAUACACGCACACCGCGCUCUCGUGUGUAGACCGUGUUCUAUCCGCGCUAUGUGCCGUCAGUGUGUGUGUGCCAAAGGAUCCUAGAUGACUGUGGGAAUAGUGAGUGACAGCCGUGCAGCAAAGAAAUGGAAAAGAUAGAGGUAUGGACGUCCACAUUUUCUCGCGAGAACGAUCGAGGCGAUGUCUGCGGGAAAGGCUUAUUGGGCGGUGCUUGCUUCAGCCACGGCCCGUACACAUUCUACAAAGCGGUGAGGAUAGGGAACGGCCGCGUUCUACGUCUCGGCAGCUUCUUCCUGACGAAACUUUGGAGCGAUGCCGAUCUCGUCAGCAUCGGGGAGCUACAGCUGCUGUGGAUGGACAGCCGGGGACCGAAUCAACCUCUGGCGUCGCUGCGACUUUACUUUCUGCCGGAGAACACCCCGGAUGGACGAAGGGACACGCACGGAGAGGACGAGGUGCUGACGAUAUCAGAGAAGGUGGUGGUCCGAGUUCACGAUCUUGUCACGUGGCUGUCGCCCACGUUGGAGUGGUCAUGGGGGCGGGAAGUGUCCUACCCGGCGACUCCUACCUCGUCUCCCGAGAGCAGCCCGUUGAGGUACGAGAUACCGCAGCCCCAGGUGCUCACCGACCCCGGCAUCGAUUUUUCCGACGUCGAUAAGCAGCAGAAAGAGUACGAGAUCAACCAUAACAACAGAAGAACCGAGUGCGGCGCGCAGACCAAGGUGGUCGUGCUCUCCUACCCCAGGUACUGCCGGUACCGGGCCCUGCUCAGAAGGCUCCAGGGAGCCGAGCCCUCUUGGCUUUGCUCCUCCAUCGCGGCGGCCCUCGGAGGAUUCACCGCGACACCUGGCACCAGGGUGCUCUUCUGCAGGGACACUUUCGAUUACCCGGACCUCGAGACCCACGAGCUGCUCUGCAACCAUCUAGCGCCGAAAUUGAAAGGACGGCCGAGGAGAAAGCGUAAAAAGCGCAGCGCGUCGCCGGGCGAGUCGAGCAAUGAGAGCGAAGCCUCGGUCGCGUCGACGUCGAAGAGCGCGACGUCAACGGGUGCUGGAAAUGUGGUUUCGAACGUUGGCAGACCGCCGUCCUCGUCGGUGGUACGUCGAAGCGAGAGGAACGCCAGCGCGGAGGAGAAGAAGUUUCUCCAGGACGUGCAGAGUUUUAUGAACUCGAGGGGUACGCCGGUCGGAAAGAUGCCGCUGCUGGGCUACAGGCAGAUCGAUCUUUUCCUGUUUUAUACGAAAGUGCAAGUGCUCGGUGGCUACGACACCGUCAGCACCGGACGAUUGUGGAAAACCAUCUACGACGACAUCGGGGGCAACACAGGGUCCACCAGUGCGGCCACCAUCACUCGUCGUCAUUACGAGAGGUUACUGUUACCUUACGAGAGGUAUCAGAAGGGCGAGGAGGCAAAACUGAGACUGAACCACGGAAGACGAACAAAAUCUAGUAGCGUCUCCGACGAGUCCGAAGAAAUAAAGCAAGACACCAAUGAUACGUACACUUCGGAGACGCCGCCGCCUGUAGACGCGAGUCUUACAGCCACCGCAACUCCGUUACAGCCGAUCGUUACAACGCCUUUCUUGCCGGGCGAGAAGCCGAAGACGGAGACCGGGAAGACGUCGUCUUUGCGGAGCGUGCGGGUGAAACCGGAGCGUCUGAAGUCGCUGAACACGAUGAUCGCGAACAGCAUGCCGUCGCCCAGCCAGCAAACCCAACUGCCAAGUCCGCCACCCUCUUCGAACACGUCGAUCUCGACACCGAACAGCACGCCGUCGACCACGCCGACGAACACCGCCAGCAACCAGAGCGUCCUCGAGAGGCAAUUGAACAGCCCCUUGAUCUCGCAGCAGGUGCCGCCCUCGUGUUCGCCGCCGGGUCUCCCGGUGACCACGGUGGCGACGAACGCCACCACGGUGGUUACCCUGACGCCGCCGCCGGAAAAGGACAUGAAGGAGAUCAAGCUGGACCCGAAACAGACCACUCUGCUAGUCCAGGGCAAGGAGAACAUACCUCUGUUCGGCGAGAAGCCGAUGUUCGCGGAGAAGGCGAUGGUGGCGCCCAGGUCGCCGGAGGUGAUCGACCUGGAGUCGGAGAGCGACACGAGUAGGGACAAGAUAAUCAUUCCCAGCUUUAAGAAACGCAAGCUCGAGAUCCUCCGGGAGGGGGGCCUCGAGGUCACUGCCGUAGACUUGGACACUCGGCCGAGCGUGAUCCAGAGCAACCCGCCGACGCCGGCGACCAUGAAGACCGAGGAGAAGACGCCGAUCUCGUACCCGUUGCCGGUCACGCCGAACUCCAUUCCGAAACUGAUCUCGGUGACCGUCACGCCGGACAUCGGGCAUAUGCUGUCGUCGCCGCAGGACCACCAGCAUCCCCAUCACCAGGCUCGGUUGCAGGUGCCGAACAAGCAACCGCCGGCCCACCACAACCACAACAACAAUAAUAACAAUAACAAUAACAAUAACAACAACAACAACACCACGAUGAACAACAACAAUAUGGUGAACAGCCGGGUGAUAAAUCUCGGCACGUCGAACAACGCGGCGCUGCUGCAGCUUUACGCGAACGCGAACGUGCCGCCGCCGGGUUCGGCGGUUCAUCAUCAUCAGGCCAAUCAUCGGUUCGUGCCGCCGACGGUGCCGAACGGCAGGAUAUUCCCGCCGAGGGUGACGCAGUCGAGGUCGAUAUUCGCGCACAACGAAAAGACGGUUUACGGGGACCCGAAAGACGUUAUCGUCCCUCCGAAGUACCGACCCUCGUUGCACCGUUUGCAGCCGCCACCGCACCAUCACCACCACCACCAUCAUCACCAUCACCACGGUCCGAUGAACAACAAUAACGAGACGAUGGCGCACGGCGGUGUCCUCGACCUGACGCAGAAGAACGCCGAGAAGCCGGCGUUCUCGCGGCCGAGCUUAGAAAUAGUCAAAGUACCUGUAGUGCCGAGGCCUAAUCCACUGAACCUGGAGAUGAGGAACUCGUCCACGAUGAAAGAGAAGCCGACGGACUGCUCGAAACGCGGCCCGGCCGGAUACCCGGCCGGUUACCAGAACAUGCUCGACAGCCGGACGAUGGCCUCGAACAACCUCGAGAUCACGAUCGUGAACCCCAAACACAAGAGCAACCAUCUGAGUCCGCCGGUCCGGGUGCCCAGUCCGCCGACCAGAAACAGCCACGUGCCUGGCCAGAGGAGGCACCAGGCGAACGGCAAGUAUACGACGAGAAGCGAGCCGGUCUCACCGUACACACCUAGGAAGCCAACCAGUCACCCCGUGAUACCGAAUGUACCUAAUCUGAACCACUUGAACAGCGGGAACUACCCUAGAAUGCAGGCAGCGAUGCAUCAACAGAUCGGCAUAGACAGGAGAAAAAACGUGGAGACCAGUGGCAAAGAUCACCAGCAACAGCAACCGCCGCCGCCGCCGCCGCAGCAGCAACAGCCGUCGCCGCAGCAGCAGCAGCAGCAACAGCAUCAGCAUCAACAGCGUCGAAUCAGCGAGGGCGACAAGUCGUUGAUUGCUCAGCAACAGCAGCAUCAGCAUCAGCAUCAGCAACAGCAACAACAAGAGGCCAGGCAAACCGAGGCUGGGAGGCGGCACAGCGUUCCCAGCAUACCCUCGGGUUUCGUGCCCAACGUGCCGCAAAGUAAUCCAGCCUUCCUCCCGCAACUGCCAACGAACACGCCCGGCAAGUUCCUACCAAUAUUGGACCCGGUGUACUAUUCCGCGUUCUACAACGGUCUGUUCCCGCCGCCGAUUCCGCCCACGGCCCCCGCGUCCUUUCUGUCGCCGGAGUUCAGCGCGUAUUACAAAGAAUUACUUGCUUCCUCGCAACCAAGACUGGGGAUGACGGGGCAGCACCAACCGGCUGCCCCAACGUCUAAGUAGACAAUGGGAUCUCAUACCGAUUAGGGUCUACGAGUAGCGAACGUCGGUCUCGAUUAUUUUCGUUCGUCUCCCUUCCUCCGAUUCUCUACAAUCUCCUUUUUUUUCCUCGUCCCGUUCUUU